ACGAUUUGCUUCCAAUUUUAUCAUGGUUGAUAGAAUUGUGAAGGUAAAACAAGCAUUAAGGCAAAUGGUGGUGUCCACUGAAUGGGAGAGAUGGAGAGAUAGACCAAGUACCAACAGUCAAGCAUGUGAUGAAAUUUUUUAUCUCAUAAUUGGUAGUGGGUCAAUUUUAUUUUGGCAACGAGCAAGUGAUCUUCUUAUACUUUGUUGGCCUCUUAUUGAAGUUCUUCGUCUUUUUGAUAAUGAUAAACCAUGCAUGGGAGAUGUGUUUGAGAAGCUAGAUCAAAUGAGAGAGAAGCUAAAAAAUAUAUUUAUUGUUGGGGCACCAUCAUUUGAUCAAGAGACACAUGAUAUUGUUUGGAAUUGUAGUUUAGAUAGAUGGAGGAUGCUUCAUAGGCCUCUUCAUUUAGUUGGAUUUUUACUUAAUCCAAAAUGGUUUCACAAAAAACCAUGGUUGGAUGAUGAAGUUUCGAUAGGAUGGAAAGCCUAUCUAGGUAGAGUUUAUCCAAAUAGAGAGGACCGCACUAAAAUCAAGGAUCAACUGUCAAAAUAUAUUGACGGAGUUGAUAAUUUUUCCCAUAAAGAUGUUCCAUUUGAUCGAUUGAAUAUGGAACCCAAAGCCUUUUGGGAGAAUUAUGGAACAAAAACACCAGAACUCAGAAAUACUGCAAUUCAUGUGUUAUCUCAGGUCUCUAGUUCUUCUACAUGUGAAAGAAAUUGGAGUGAGUAUUCCUUCAUCCAUUCUGUGAAGCGUAACAGGCUAGGUAGCAAAAUGGCAGAGGAUCUUGUGUAUAUACAUUCAAAUCUUCGUCUUUUAUCUCGUGCUUCUACUGAUUAUAAGUCAGGGCCUCAUAGGAUGUGGGACUAUGGUGGCUCGAUGGAUGAUGGAAAUGAUGAAUUGCCAAUAGAAGUACUUGAAGAUAAUGUAGAGGAGAGUUUACUUGCAGCUGGAAUGGAGAUAGGUGAAGCAAGCAGAAGCAUUCCUUGAACAUCAAACUUUUGAUGAUAUCUUUCAAUAUUUUAUAUUUAUGUAACUGCAAACAAUUAUGAUACUUGUAUUUUCAUUUUUGAACUGAAAAAUCAUUUCAAAUUAUUUAAAAGUAUUUAAUAAUA